AUGGGUAUCUCUGUCGCACUGAAUACGCCGCUCGCUGAUGCUCUGAAUGAAGUGGUGCAGCCGAAAUUAGUCGAGGUCGGCUGGAGCACCGGCGGUGGGGAUGAUUCCGCGCUCGCUGAGUAUGUGAUACUGAUGCUCGUCAACGGAAAGACUCAAGACCAAAUCUCUGCAGAGCUCGCGAACGAUCUGCUUAGUCUCGGACCCGAGGAUACGGAAGCGGCGGAGUUUUCAAAAUGGCUUUUCGAGCAAGUUGAGACACUAGACAGGCAGUUAAAUGGUGGAUCGGGGGAAGCACAGCAAGAGCAGCCUCCACAGGCGAUACCGUCCUUUUCAGAAGAUGGUAGCGGGGCCAGCGGAGGCAAUGGGGAUGCGACCUCCGCCAGUGCAUGUAUUCCGCAGCCAGAUACGGAUAUGGGAGAAGGAUCGGGGCCUGGAGCAGAUACUUCUGUGCCGACUGGACCUAGAAACAUGCGGAAUCAAAAACAGGGUGGCCGUGGUAGAGGUAUACUCGGCCAGCUUAGUCGGGCCAUGGACCGAUCCCACGAAUCCGUUCUUCACAGAGUUCGAAACCAACAAGGGACUGAGAGGAUAAAUUCACAUAGGGAUGGCUCGAAGGGUGGCAGAGGCGGCCGUGGUGGGAACCGGACGCCCAUGGGGAGGCAGAUGGGCAACAACAUGCAGAUGGGUAUGGGUAUGGGCAUGAACAUGGGCAUGAAUCACAACUCGAUGCAGAAUAUGCCCCAACCUAACAUGAUGAACAUGACCCAGCAGCAACAAAUGCAGAUGAUGUCCAUGUUUGAGGAGCAGGCGCGGAUGAUGUCCCAGUUCAUACCCGGGUUCGUGGCUCCCGCGAUUAACCCAGCUUUUCAGAAUGGCCCGCCGCCACAGUCUCAAGGCCGAUCCUUAUUCGAGCGUGCUGAAUUUCAUCCUGGUCGACGGGCCCAUGAUAGACAUCAGCCUCCCCAAGGGGUGGCGGCGGAUGUUGAAAUGGGCGGCGAUGGAGGUGAGCAAAAACCGGAGGAACACCAGCAACGAGAAGCGCCGGGCCCGGACACACUCUGUCGAUUCAACCUAAGAUGUACGAACAAGGACUGCCCGUACGCCCAUCAGUCUCCCGCGGCGCCCGAAGGUGCCAACGUUGACGUGAACGACAACUGUCCAUACGGAGCUGCCUGCAAGAACCGAAAAUGCGUUGCCCGGCACCCGUCUCCAGCUCAAAAGGCUGUCCACCAGUCGGAAGAAAUCUGCAGAUACUUCCCUCACUGCACCAACCCGAAAUGCACAUUCAAACACCCUAGCAUGCCGCUCUGUCGGAACGGGGCAGAUUGCACCACCGAGGACUGCAAAUUUACCCAUGUCCAGAUCCCCUGCAGGUUCAACCCUUGCUUAAACCGCAGCUGUCAGUACAAACAUGCCGAAGGCCAGCGUGGAGUGUUUGGAGACAAGGUAUGGCGUGCAGACGGCGCAUCCAAGGGCGAGACACCACACGUUAGCGAGAGGAAAUUUAUCGCAGACGAAACCGGAGAAGAAGAGCUCAUCAAGCCUGGCUCGGCUCCCUCGAACGAUGCUGGCAUCAUAACCUAA